GUCCCACGCAGCUGCUUGACCUUUUCCCACAUUUCGUCCUCCCCCCGUCGAAUCAGAUUCCUGCCUUCACCUUUCCACCCCACAAUCCUCAAUUUCGUUGCUUUCACUGUGCCGGUGCAGAGUCUCGCGAUUGCUGGAUGUCAAUUCGAUGAGAUUAGCUGGCUCUGAUUACUGAGUUUGGGGAACAGGUUGGGGGGAAAUACGGUGGAGACGAUGAGAGGUUACGCUGGUUCGGGAAAUGGAGGCGGUUUGAUGCGUUGAUGUAGGAUUUGUGUUUGUUCGAUGUUUGGAUGCUGUGUUUGUUUGUGAGGAAAUGGUUUCUGCUUUCCAGGAUCCGUUGGAUCUUGGAAAUUAAGGUGGAUGGUGAGAACCAAUCAAUCAGGUUGGAUUGAAAAUUGUGGUUUUGAGAGAGAUUUGGUCCUGUAUGUGUUUAUAGCGUUUAAACUGCUAGUAUGAUUUGAUUUGUGUUUGGAGUCAGUCAGUCAGUCAGUCAGUCGGUCGGUAGUAAAUCUCCAUGGCUGUUUGCUGAAUUUCUGAAUGGAGUGUCUUCCAGUUGAGGUUGUUGGAAACAUUCUGUCGAGGCUAGGGGCUGCUCGGAAUGUGGUGAUUGCAUCUGCAACUUGCAGGAAAUGGCAAGAGGCAUGGAGGAAUCAUCUCCAUACUCUGACAUUUAAUUCUAAUGAUUGGCCUUUGUAUCAUGAAUUCUCCACAACUAGGCUUGAGAUACUCAUCACCCAAACAAUAUUCCAAACCAAAGGAUUGCAGUGCCUCUCCAUAAUCAUGGAUGAUGUCGAUGAGUUUUCUGCUGCCUCGGUUAUUGCCUGGCUUAUGUACACUAGAGAGACCUUACGCCAGCUACAUUAUAAUGUGAGGACAACUCCUAGCAUCAACAUUCUUGAAAAGUGUGGUCGGCAGAGACUUGAAGUAUUGACUUUAUCUCACAAUACUAUCAUUGGGGUCGAACCAAGUUACCAAAAGUUUCCCUGCUUGAGAUCUCUGUCGCUAAGUUAUGUGAGCAUAUCAGCCUUGGAUCUGAGUCUCCUGCUUACUGCCUGUCCCAAGAUUGAAGUACUCAGCCUAGUGAGUCUGGAUAUUGUCAUGUCGGAUCAUCAGGCAACCAUGGAGUUGACAACUAACUCAUUAAAGGAUAUUUAUGUGGAGGCUAUUAGCUUGGAUAAGUUCAUACUGGAAGCUGAUAGCCUGGAAAAGUUGCACCUCAAGGAUUGUACACUUGAAUUUUUUGAACUUAUUGGAAAGGGAUUGUUGAGAUUCCUAAAGAUUGACGAUGUUAGUGUCAUCCUUCUUGAUAUUGGAGAGAAUGCAGAAAAUCUUGAAAUUGUUGAUGUUAGUAAUUUCACAAUAAUGUGGGCAAAGUUCUACCAUAUGAUAUCACGAUCGUCAAAAUUGAGAAGGCUUAGGCUUUGGGGUGUUGUUUUUGAUGAUGAGGAUGAGAUAGUUGACAUGGAGACUAUUUCUUCGAGCUUUCCUCUCUUAAGCCACCUAUCAUUGAGUUAUGAUCUAAGAGAGGCAACUCUUCACUAUGGCUUGCAAGGUUCCUUUGUUUUAGAGAAUGUCAUCGUCCUGGAACUUGGGUGGACUGUAAUUAGCGACUUGUUUACGAUGUGGGUCUCAGGACUUCUUGAAAAGUGCCCUAGUCUCAAGAAGUUGGUCAUCCAUGGUGUAGUGUCAGAGACGAAAACCCCGGAAGAAUGCCACAUGUUGGCCAAAUUCACAUCAUCUGUUGUAAGACUCAUGAGGAAGUACAUGGACGUAGAGAUUCAAUUCGAUUAUGAAUAGAUACAACAGAAACUGCCACAGAUGUGAAGUGCAGCAGCCGGUGAAUAUUCCUGAAGGAAGAUUCUUCAUUUUUCCUGGUUUGGUACUUGCCAGAUAAUUUUUGAACUCAAAAGCUUUGUAGAAUUUACAGCACUAUCUCUUCAAAAAGUUCAGUCUUCGGUUGCAUGCUGCAAUAUAUUAUUUUUUUUGCGAUGAUUCUCAAAGUGUCAAUUACAUUAUUUUUGGUUUCAUAUUGAGGACAUUUUCUUUACCAUAUAGUGCUUUUUUGCUUCUUUUGGUCUCUUCAUUUAUCGAAAUUUCCUUUGUUGUA